ACGACUAUAUAUGCCAGUCAUACAGUCAGCUUCCACCAUAAAAGAUUCGCCCAACAGCUUUCUUAGUUUGUCCAAACUCUGCUACAGCUAGAAGACUAUAAUUUUCUGAUUUUAUCGGACCAACCGUAGCAACAUGUCAGAACCCUCGACCAAACGCCAGAAAGUCACUUACGACCUCAUCUAUUGGCCCGGUAUUCCCGGCCGUGGUGAGCACAUCCGUCUCGCCCUCGAAGCAUCUGGCACACCAUACAACGACAUUGCGAACGACGACAAAGAUGGAAUCAAAGCAGUGCAAGCCCUCAUAGACCCCAACUCCACAACCGAUGAUGCCGGGAACCCGCCCGCGUUUGCUCCUCCAGCCCUCAGAGUUCCCGGUGCUGGAAGGGACGGCAAGCCACUACUUAUCACACAAACGCCCAACAUACUAUUCUACCUAGGCGAUAAGAUCGGCAUGGUGCCGGAGGGUGACGAAGCUGGGAAAUGGCAUGCGAAUGCUAUUGUGCUCACAGCGCUUGACCUGAACAAUGAGACACAUGAUACACAUCACCCAGUUGCAGUGAUGAAAUACUAUGAGGAUCAAAAAGAAGAGUCGCUUAAGAAGGCGACCGACUUUCGGGAAAAUCGGAUACCCAAGUUUCUCGGAUAUUUCGAACGGGUGCUCAAGGGUAACACAAAAGGGGAUGGAAAAUACUUUGUUGGCGACAAGAUUACUUACGCAGACACGACUGUAUGGCAAGUUCUUGACGGGCUGUUCUUCGCAUUUCCGAAGGAAAUGGAAGCAAGGAAGAAGGAGUUUCCAGUGACCUUGCAAACAUUUUACUCCAGUAUCAAGGAAGAGAAGGGUAUCAAGGAAUACUUGAGCAGCGGGAAGCGACUACCAUAUUCUCAGGGUAUCUUCAGACGGUAUCCCGAGCUCGACCGGCAAUAAGUAACAUCUGGAAGUGGCUCAGAAUGAGGCUCAAAGACCCUGUCACGCAACGGACCGACAAUAUAAACACGAAAUUUUCAGAUUGAAACUAAACCUAGAGUAUCGUUUCAAACAU